AUGUCUCAGCCUGGCACAGCAACAACGCGCAUAGGAACUCAACCUAAGAAUGCAACUCAGCAUCCCAGACACAUUCUGACCGCGGGUGUUGGAAAGAGACGUACUGCCGCUCAAAAGGCUGCUGAUGACCAGCAUGACAGAGAGGCAAAGGAGGCAAGUAAAAAAGCUCUGCAGGAAAUUUAUCAGCAGAUUGCUACUUUGCAGGCCCAAAUGCAGGCAAACCAAGAUGCUGUACGCAUGGACGCACCUAAGCCUAAGCAUCCUUGUCCUUGUGCAUGCCCAGUGGGCAAGGCUGCACAGGCCUCGAAGACCUCCAACUCGACUAUAGACGGUGGGCAUGCAGGGGCCGAAAUCAUAGCCAACAAGCCUAUCGGCACCAAAGGUAAGGGUCGUGAGUGUGGAUGUGAAGCUGAUGCUAACACCAAACAUCCAGAGACCAAUGAGGAGCUGGAGGAACCAGUAACUAAAACCAAGAGGAAAAAGGUCAGCAAACAGGUGGUGAGAGAUGUGAUUCAAUUGGUGUUAGACACUGGCAUUGUUAUCGAUGGAUCAACAAAAGCACGUGAUGGAGACGUUCAGAAGAUGUCUGAUGUUACUGCAAGUUCCAGAAAAUUUGCACUUGGUGGGCGUAUCCCAGGUUGGGUGUCAAACAUUCACACCACGACAACUGUCUCACGGCCAACCUCCAAGGUGAAUUCUUUUACCGGCGGGACCUCCACCCAUCCAAGGACUAGUACUAGCUUUUCUAAGCUCACAAGGGGGAGUACUAACAAUAGUGAUGUUCCACCUCCGCCCACACCCAUUGGCAGUACUACCAAUGCUGAAGGCUUCACACAGUCUUACUCAGAUCUGUAUGCGUCUGAUGAGGAUGAUGAUCUCCUCACAAAACCUCUUUCUCGUAUUACAAGCACAAAGGCUUUUAUGGUGAUACCUGAACAGCCUGAUGCGACCAAUCACCUCGACGACAUGGAUGUCUUUAGUGACAUCCGCAACCAUCUUAUGGAUCUCAAUGGCUCCACCCCUGCUAUGCAGCCUGCUCUUGCGGACUAUAAGUCUGAUUCUGACGCCAGUCACAAGGUAGAGGUCUUGGACCGUGAUUCUGAUCUUGAGCCUCCACCACUUGCCCAAAAGCCCAUGUCUCGCUCCAUCUUCCCACCGGACUUUUACUUGUUUGCUGCAAGUCAGAAGCGGAAAAUGUCGCCUCUUCUGGGUGACGACGAUGACGUGUUGAUGCUGUCAUCUGAAGACGAAAGUGUGGAGUGCACCAACACAAGUAUGGUUGCAGUCAAGACUGAACCUGUUGAACCAGUGUCCAUGCGCCGGUUGACGUCUUCAACCGCUGUCGCUGCCACGCUCAAAGCUCCUCCCGUGAAGCGGCUGAAGACUGAGACUUCUGCUACCACCGGAACAGAUGCCCCAUGUGCCAUUGCUGCACCCUCCAAAGCCAUCACACGUUCUGCAUACAGGAAGAAACAUCUCCCCAAGGGUUGCCAGAUGGAAAACAAGUGGGCGAGAGAGUUUAUCCCUACCGCCAUUCGCUGCAUCGGCGAUAUGGACGAAGUGUGGACUCUGGCAGACGACAUUCUCUGCCCUAUUUUGCAGUCAGUCUGGGACGCAGUCUAUAAGGGUAAGAUUCCGCACACAGUUGUUGCUGAUGGGCCUGCUAUUGCCCUCGUACGCUAUUUUUUCAGGCACUAUUUAAAUCUGACUUUUUUUUAG